GCGGAGCAGAUGAAGAACAUCUGGAGCUGGAGCCGCACAUCUGGUCGCAGCGCUCGCCUGCACGCUCCACACACACACACACACACACACACACACACACCCCGCCCCCGCCCCCGCCCGGCAGCCACUUCCUGUCCAGGGUCGGUAGCCAGUGCGGCUUUAACCCCUGUGGGACCGCGCUGUCGGGCGGCGGGUGAUGGGGCGAGGACGGGCACGCACAUCCCCAAUAAAGCUGCGUCUCGGCGGCGGAGCCGCGGUGCUGCGCGCAGAGGAGGGCGGUGGGAGGGUCCGCGGGCGGCGCAGGCCUCCCGCCCGCUCCACUCCGCCCAGGCCCCGGGCGCCCCCGUGUCCCUCCCGGCCCGGCGCCGGUCCUACCGAAACUCGGCGAGCCCGCCGUGGCCAGACGCCCUCCGCGGGCCCCGGGAGCCGGGCGAGAGGGAGGCGCGGAGGUCCGGGAAGAGGGGGAAAGGGAGAAAUUGGAGAAACAAGCCUCUCGGGGAGAACCAGACAAACCGGGUUCGGGCAGGGCGGGCGCAGCCGCCAGGGUGGGGCGGGCCCCGAGUGGGGGGCGGGCUCUCCGGCGGGAGGGUAGCCCGCCUCGGCUCGCGCGGGGUAGGGGGUAGGGAUGCCGGAGGCUGGGCGCCUCGGGACCCCGACAGGGGACCCCGACCCCGACGGGAGUUCGCUCUUCAGCGGGAGCGCCGCCCUCGGUCCCGCCCAGGCCGACGCCCCACGCUCCGGUGGCGCUGGGAGCGCUCCCCGCCGGCCGGGCGCAGGCAGCGGCUGGAGUCGCGCAGCGAAGCCGGGGCGGACCGACGGCGGGAGCCCCGGUGCGGCGGCCACGCCCCUCCCGCCGGCCCCGCCCCCGCGCCCCGCCCCGCGCGCCCCGCCCCCUCCCGCAGCCCCCACCCCCCGCCGGGCUCUUCAACACAAACUUUCCGUCCCGCUCGCUCCCUCCUCCGCGCCCGGCGCCUCCCGCUCGCGUCCGGCUCAUUCCGCACAUUCCGGUCGGCACCCUCCCCGCGACCCCCUCCCCGCGACCCCCUCCCGGCCCCGCGGCCCGCGGCCCGGCAGCGCCCGGCGGAGCGCCCCCGCCAGCUCGGACCAGGCUCAGGCUGCCCAGUGGGCUCAGGCCCAGAGCCCAGAGAAACCAGCACAAUAGCGUCCAACAGCUGGACCGCCAGCAGCAGCCCCGGGGAAGCCCGGGAGGAUGGGCCCGAGGGACUGGACAAGGGGCUGGACAACGAUGCGGAGGGCGUGUGGAGCCCGGACAUCGAGCAGAGCUUCCAGGAGGCGCUGGCCAUCUACCCGCCCUGCGGCCGCCGCAAGAUCAUCCUGUCGGACGAGGGCAAGAUGUACGGUCGGAACGAGCUGAUCGCGCGCUAUAUUAAACUGAGGACGGGCAAGACCCGGACGAGAAAGCAGGUGUCCAGCCACAUACAGGUUCUAGCUCGGAAGAAGGUGCGGGAGUACCAGGUUGGCAUCAAGGCCAUGAACCUGGACCAGGUCUCCAAGGACAAAGCCCUCCAGAGCAUGGCGUCCAUGUCCUCUGCCCAGAUCGUCUCCGCCAGCGUGCUACAGAACAAGUUCAGCCCGCCCUCCCCGCUGCCCCAGGCCGUCUUCUCCACUUCCUCGCGGUUCUGGAGCAGCCCCCCUCUCCUGGGACAGCAGCCCGGACCCUCUCAGGACAUCAAGCCCUUUGCACAGCCAGCCUACCCCAUCCAGCCGCCCCUGCCGCCGGCGCUCAGCAGUUACGAGCCCCUGAACCCGCUGCCCCCGGCUGCCGCCUCGGCGCCCGCGUGGCAGGACCGCACCAUCGCCUCCUCCCGCCUGCGGCUCCUCGAGUACUCCGCCUUCAUGGAGGUGCAGCGCGACCCCGACACGUACAGCAAACACUUGUUUGUGCACAUCGGCCAGACAAACCCCGCCUUCUCGGACCCGCCCCUGGAGGCCGUGGACGUGCGUCAGAUCUACGACAAGUUCCCCGAGAAGAAGGGCGGGCUGAAGGAGCUGUACGAGAAAGGCCCCCCGAAUGCCUUCUUCCUGGUCAAGUUCUGGGCCGACCUCAACAGCACCAUCCAGGAGGGCCCGGGCGCCUUCUACGGGGUCAGCUCCCAGUACAGCUCAGCCGACAGCAUGACCAUCAGCGUCUCCACCAAGGUGUGCUCCUUCGGCAAGCAGGUGGUGGAGAAGGUGGAGACCGAGUAUGCGCAGCUGGAGAACGGGCGCUUCGUGUACCGCAUCCACCGCUCGCCCAUGUGUGAGUACAUGAUCAACUUCAUCCACAAGCUGAAGCACCUGCCGGAGAAGUACAUGAUGAACAGCGUCCUGGAGAACUUCACCAUCCUGCAGGUGGUCACCAGCCGCGACUCCCAGGAGACCCUGCUCGUCAUUGCUUUUGUCUUCGAAGUCUCCACCAGCGAGCACGGGGCCCAGCACCACGUCUACAAGCUCGUCAAAGACUAGGGUGCCCUCUGCCCCACCACCAGGAUCCAGGACGAGCCUCUUCUCACACACCUGCCUGGCACCCGGGGGUCCAGGAUAGAGGACUCAUCUGCCUGCCAGGCCUCGGCCCAGGGCCAGGCCUCCCCACCUGCUCCAGCACACACCCCCUGCCACUGUUCUGCGCUUUAACUGUGGGAGAAGGGAGGGGGCUCAGCGGUGGGGCAGGCUGGCUGGGUCGCCAAGCCACCAUCACUUCGGUCUGCCCAGCCUCAGUGAAUGGGAGGACACCUUUGGCUCAGGUGUGUGUGGCCACUGGCCCCUCAGGGCUGGGACAGGUGGGUGAGGGAGACUGGAGGGGAGGCGGAGUGCAGAGGCCAGGAAGGAGUGUGGAGCUGGGGUUGCGCUGAGAAGAGAGAGGCCCACACUGUCUUUGCACCUGCCAUGUGCCAGGCCCAGUGCCUCCUGCCAUCCUCUGACCUGCAAAGCAAUCAUGGGUCUCGGUGUCACAGAUGAGGAGUCUGGGGGGAGGGGGUGCGGGGAGGAGGCAGAGUUGGAGUUCUCACCAGGGCUGCCUGUCCCGAGCCCAGUUUACACACCUCCCUGCCUCAGACCCGCCCCAGGCUGGGGAGGGGCUCUACACUGAGGGGCGGGUUGGCCCCUGACACGGGAGCAGCUGCCUCUGACCAGCAGGGAAGGGGAGCAGCAGGUACUCAGCACCUGUUGGGCGCCCUCUGUCAGCCCAGCAUCCAGCCAGGGCCCUGGAAGGGGGGCUCCUGUGCCACUCCCCCCACGCUGCCCUGGCCCAGAUCCUUUGCCAGGCUCCCCCGCAGCCGCCUGACGGGAAGGCCCUCCAGGGGCAGGCCCAGGCUCAGAAGCAGGCUGGAGGGUCAGGUAGGAAGAUGCCAGCCCCUGGGCAGAUCUGUGGCCCGGGCACGAGAGGCCGCACAGGCUUCGGUAUUUUCUCUUGCCCAAGUGAACCCUCAGCGGUGCCGCUACCUUCCUCUUCCCGGUGCCAGUCUCCCUGCCUGGAGCAGCUCCCCAGACCUCGUUCUGGGACUGAAGGUGCACCCUGCCCACUGCCUCUUCCCACCAUCCGGCCCCUCAGCGCCCGGCCUCCGGGCAUCGAUGAGUUUCAUAUGAAGUACUGUGCCCUGCCCUGCCCUGCCCUGCCCCCACCCCUGAGCUUCCUGAAGGUCCUCACAGUUUGCAUAUCGCUCAGGCCACCUCCAAACCCAACCUAGGUUUUAUAAUGUAUAUUAUAUAUAUUUUUGUGUAUUUUUUAAAUCCAGCUGUGAUGGGUUAUAUCAUAAACGUGGCACAGGGCUGGGGCAGGCGCCCUCAAGGCCUACUCAGAAAGAGAAAUUAAAGUUAUUUGUUUGUGGGUUA